AUGGAGAAUCAGCAGGUGUGGGUGCGAGACCCUCAAGAGGGUUUCAUAAUCGGCAAGUUCAUGGACAUGGUUGACGGGGAUGCGCUAAUCGUGCCGCUGGAUCCGAAAUAUCUACAACGCACCUGUCCGCUGGACGAAGUUUAUCCAGCUGGGGAAUACACCAAAGACGUUGAAGACAAUUACGUACGUUGCCAAUAUCUUAAUCGCUUUAAAUCCAUACUGUGAGAUCAGAGAUCUUUAUUCUCCUGAAACGAUCAAGGCUUAUAAGGGGAAAUCUCUGGGUGAGACGCCACCUCAUGUUUUUGCUAUUGCUGAUAAAGCGUUCAGAGAUAUGAAAGUACUGAAGCAAUCGCAAAGUAUCAUCGUUUCUGGCGAGUCGGGCGCGGGCAAGACUGAAUCUACCAAGUAUCUGCUUCGAUAUCUAUGCGACCUAUGGGGGUCGACGGCUGGCCCGAUCGAACAGAAGAUUUUAGACGCAAACCCGGUGUUGGAAGCCUUUGGCAAUGCGAAGACUAAACGGAACAACAAUAGCUCUCGCUUUGGCAAAUUCAUGGAGGUUCAUUUCGACUCGAAGUGUCAAGUAGUCGGCGGCUACAUUUCCCAUUAUCUCUUGGAAAAGUCGAGGGUGUGCCUUCAGAGUCCCGACGAGAGGAACUAUCAUGUUUUCUACAUGAUGUGUGCUGGAGCUCCUCCGGAACUACGUGCGAAACUCGGUAUUACGAAACCGGACGAUUUUCAGUACCUGAAGAAUGGUUGCACGCAAUACUUCUGCAACGAGGAGUCGGAGAAAAAGUUGAACGAUGCUCAAAAGAGCCGUGAUCAAAGCGUGAAAGGUAGCCUGCACGAUCCGAUUUUGGAUGACGUUGAAGGAUUCAAUGCCAUCGAUCAAGCUUUGACACGACUCGGUUUGACUGAAGCGGAAAGAAUGGAAAUUUAUACGAUGGUUGCUGCGGUGCUCCAUCUUGGAAAUAUCAUGUUUGAGGACAAUCCUGAAGAUACGAAAGGUGGUUCUAGGAUAUGCGCUAGUUCCGAGAAAGCGGUGUCAAUGAGUGCGAAGUUGUUAGCAGUAGAUCCCGAGGAGCUCAGGCAAGCUUUAAUCUCGAAAGUGAUGCAAACUAGUCGCGGCGGUAUCAAGGGGACAGUCAUUAUCACGUAUCAAUAAGAGUAUCCCUUUUAAAGCUUCGAGUUAUUACAUUGGAGUUUUGGAUAUUGCAGGAUUUGGUACGUACUACAUUUUGUUGUGUUGUUUCUAUUCCUCCAAUCCUAUUACAGUUCUUUAACGAAAGAAUUUUAAAGUACGAGCAAGAUCUUUAUGCAAAGGAAUCCCUUGAUGUGCCGAAGAUAUCUUAUGUGGACAAUCAAGACUGCAUCGAUCUAAUCGAGUCGAGAAACAUGGGAAUUUUCAGCCUCUUGGACGAAGAAUCGAAAUUACCAACUCACAGUUUCGCACAUUUUACCAGCGAAGUCCAUCGUGUUUGGAAUGGCCAUUUCAGAAUAACUCUGCCGCGUACUUCUCGUUUAAAAGCGCAUAGAGAGUUGCGUGACGACGAAGGAUUUGUAAUUCGUCAUUAUGCUGGUGGUGUUUGUUAUCAAACGAAUCAGUUUAUCGAGAAGAACAACGACGCUCUGCACGCAUCCUUGGAAGCAUUAAUUCAAGAAAGUAACAAUAAAUUUCUUAGGACGCAGUUCGCCAAUAAUUCUUGUCAAAAAGGAAAGCUCACUUUCAUCAGUGUUGGCAGUAAAUUUAAAACGCAACUUGGGGAAUUGAUGGACAAAUUAAAAAGCAAUGGAACGAAUUUCAUUCGUUGCAUAAAGCCAAAUAACGAGAUGGUGGAUCAUCAGUUCGACGGAAAUAGCAUUUUGGGACAGCUUCGCUGCUCUGGAAUGAUGUCUGUUUUAGAACUCAUGGAACAUGGUUAUCCUAGCAGAGUUCCGUUCCAGGAAUUAUACAACAUGUACAAGUCUUAUCUUCCGCCGGAAUUGGCCAAACUGGAUCCGAGAUUCUUUUGCGAAGCGUUACUUCAUAGCUUAAAAUUAAAUAAGAAGGACUUUAAGUUCGGUAUUACGAGGGUGUUCUUCAAACCUGGAAAAUUUGCUGAAUUCGAUAAGAUCAUGAAGUCGGAUCCUGAGAAUCUGAGGAAGUUGGUAGCUAAUGUGAAGAAGUGGUUACUUAAGUCUCGAUGGAACAAGAUGCAGUUCUGCGCGUUAUCUGUGAUCAAGUUGAAGAAUAAGAUCAUUUAUCGAAGGCAGCAUUUAAUUAUUUUGCAAAAGACAGCAAGGAUGUAUAUAGCAAAGAAGCAGCAUCGUCCCCGAAUAAAAGGGAUCAUGAAGAUUAAGAAUCUGAGUACGCAGUUAGUCGGUAUGAAGGAAACCUCCAAGCAAUUGAAAAAUCGUGAACAAUCUAUCAGCGAUAUCAAAAGGCUGCAGGAUGACUUAAAAGCGGCAAUUGAGAAAAUAAAAAUGAAUGAGAGAAUAAAACCGGUGGUGAUCGAUUCUUUAUAUACGAACUUGGUGAACCAGAUGAACAAGCAAAUGGCGUCGUUGCAAGAUAUGGUUAGACAACAGAAGAUUGCUGAGGAACAAGCACGAUUGAGGAAGAUCCAACAAGAACUAGAGCUUGAAAAGCAGAAAAAGGAAGAAGAAGAACGAAAGAAAAGAGAGGAAGAAGAAAAUAGGAGAAAGAAACAUGAUAUCGAGAUGAGAAGGAAGGCAGAAGAAGAACAGAAAAAAAGGCAAGAAGAAGAAGAUAAAAAGACUGCGAAAAUUUUCGAGGCUCAGUUAGAGAAAGAAGCAAUGGAAGAAAGUAAAUAUCGUGAGUUAUUGGAACAAGAAAGAAGAGAUCACGAAUUGGCAGUCAGAUUAGCUCAAGAAUCAAAUGGACAAGUUGAAGAUUCUCCACCACCUGUGCGAAGAUCGGAGCAGGUGCGUAACAAUCAAGCAGCUAUGGCUAAUAAAAAAUAUGACUUAUCCAAGUGGAAGUAUUCAGAAUUACGUGACGCAAUAAACACAUCCUGUGAUAUCGAAUUGUUAGAGGCCUGUAGGCAUGAAUUUCAUCGAAGAUUGAAAGUCUAUCAUGCAUGGAAAGCGAGGAAUCGUAGGCGAACAACCAUGGAUGAAAACGAAAGAGCACCAAAGUCUAUUAUGGAAGCCGCUGCUAAAACCUCGAGGUCUCAUCUGAAACAGCCUAUAGUCGAGUCGUCGCAACGAUAUUUCAGGAUUCCCUUUGUCCGACCAGCUGCAUCCGGACAACAAGAUAACUCCAAUGCGUCUUGUAAACGGGGAUGGUGGUACGCUCAUUUUGACGGUCAAUACGUUGCCAGACAGAUGGAACUUCAUCCUGAUAAGGCACCGAUUCUGUUGGUGGCAGGUAUUGAUGACAUGCAAAUGUGCGAGUUGAGCUUAGAUGAGACUGGGUUAACAAGAAAACGUGGUGCCGAGGUUUUAGAACAUGAAUUUAAUCGUGAAUGGGAAAAAUACGGCGGCAAACUAUAUGUUCCACCUUGCGAUCGUAAGAAAUAAGACCGUUUUCAACAGGCGAGAAUAGUUUUAAUAUAGAUUAUUAAUUAGAUUAUUAAUUAGAUUAUUAAUUAGGUUAUACAUUUUUGUAUCAAUCCACUUUGAAGGUGAACCCAUAGCACAGUGCCUUUCUUAAAAUACGAUACGCAUUUAGAAAAUAUAGUAAGAUUGAUGAUACUGUCAUUAAUUAUAAAAUUUUUCAUUAUAAAAUUAUAGAAAAUUAUAAAUAAUAAUAGAAAAAUAAUUAGAUCUGUGACAGGUCUAUAGAUUGGCGAAUCUGUAAUGCAUGUACAGAUAUCUGAUGUCUGGUGCAAUGUAUAUAUAUAUAAUAUUUCAAUUAGAUGCGCAUCGGAACAGAUCUUGUAAUGUGAUAAACUUAGUUACCCAAUAUUCGAGAUCAGUAUAAAAUUAUGUUGAAAACUUAUGUGAUCAAAAGCGUGUUGAUUCAUCUAACAAAAUAAAUGUAUGGCAUCAAGAUUUAUCAAAAAUUGAAAAACUUCUGCAAUGGGGAAAGCAUCAUGGUUCCUUUGAGUAAUAUAAUGCAUCGUUAAAAAAGACUCUCUUUGUUUAUGUAUAAAUAAUUUUACUUAUUUACAAUGUAUUAUUGCACAUUUAACGCGAAUUAUAUGUACGUCUUUUAGUAGAUAUGAAAAGAACUUAAUAAAUAAACAAUAUAUAUCAUUCAUGUUCAUAAAUAAAUAACACUCAUUUCACUUCUCUUUUUGUACUUGCAAAGUACCAUCAUAACACCAAAUAUAGAUUUAUAAAUAUACAGAAUAAAGAUUUAUAAAAUAUGUCAUACAAAAAUGAAUAUUCAAAAAGUGGGGAACGCUGAAAGAUUAGUCCAUUAAUAGCCUGAAAGUGAUAUUCUAUCUGUACCGAGAUUAUUGUUAUCGACCAGAAGUAAAUGUUAUGUAUUAUUAUAUUGGAAUUGCUGAAUUUGUCUGGAAAUAAUAUAUACAAAUCAAGAUUAUUAUUCAGGGUAUUGCAUAUAAAAAUAUGGCAAUUGAAAACAUGUUUUGUAUAUUCAAAAUUAAAACAAAGUAACAUUAUAAAUAUUAAAUAACAUACGUUUACAAAACCUUUAUUAAAAGAAAUCUAUUUAUUAAUAUAUUUAUUAAUAUAGAAUCAUCUAUUUAUUAA